AUGUCCAGCUACGCAUCUUCUUCCUUCGAAGGUAACGGCGCCAUCCAAGCCCAAGAUGAACAAAGCAGACGGUUACAGACUUCUCUUCGUACCCAAUCUGGUACAUUUGAUCAGGCAGUUGCAGUCUCUCAAAAGUCCCUUAACGAUGCCUUAUACUAUCUAUUUGAUCAGUAUGAGGAACUGCGUUCCAUCAAAGUCAGAAGCUUUGUUGGAGAACUUGACGCCACAAUGCAAUACUCUGAAAUUUCUCUGCCAGUCAAUGAAAACAACUACAGCACCGUUGUCUUUUACUGUCACUUCGAAACUGGUUCUUUGAGGCUUAAAGACGAUGAAGGAAAACUUGGGGACAAUAUUGACGUCGCUGAUUGGCGUUUUGCUUUCGAUGUGGACUUCGGAUCUAUUGAUGUGCCUUCGAAUACCUCGGAGUACCAGGACCUGAAGAAGAAGCUCAGUCAUCCUGGGGAGUACGAUAUUCGACGACUGUUCCUUGAUUUCAAGACAAACAAAAUCAACCAUUUCAAAGAAAAAUUGAGUGAUUUCAACGGCCACAACUGGAAGGACGAUGAUGAAAAGUUGAAGUUUGUCUUCCUCAUGUCCGCCUGGGGAAAUUCCGACCAGAGCGUCAUGAAAGACGAGAAACUCUCCACUCUGGGAUAUGCGAUAUCAACAAAUAGGCCCCAGAGCGUGAACCCCCUAGGGCCGACUUUCCCUCCGACUAGUCUCAAGCACCAACACUACAAGUACCUUGCGCCGGGCAAAGACACGCCAGAGGUUGGUCUAGAGAAAGGCGGGAACAACAUGCUGUUGUACCUGGAGAUGACCCAGAAUCGCUCUUUCCCGCAAGAGGAUAUUCUCACGUAUUCUGGGAACUUCUGUGCAGCAAACAUGGAGGCUACAACCUGCAUUUCCCACGAUAACUUCUGGGAUGCCUAUCUGCUGCGCAACACUGCCCUCGAUGGUUCGGAGCUGCCUGGCCUUCUGCGCGAAUUUAAUUAUCAGCUCUAUGCCUGGCAGGGGGACCUAGAACUAACGGUAGGAAAUGAUGGCUCCUAUGAGCUUGACUGGAGCUUUGGAAUCGGACACAACAGCCCCGAGGCUCCCAAGAACUCAGCGAGCCACUACGCCUGGACCAGAACUUCGGCAACCAACUGGGAUUUCAAAUGGCCGCCGCCUCAGUCGCAUGCUGAUUGGACUUCUCCAGCUGAAACGGUCAACAAAUUAUCCAUCAAUCCCGGCGACAACAAGAUAUUGAUCGGAGGAUACUCGAAGCUCUGGAUCAAAUUGCACCAUUGGUUUAUUGGCUCUGAAGACUGGCACGAAGGCUCGGUCACAGUGACUUGGAAUACCGAGAUUGAGAUGAAAUCCGUCAAAGAGGGCGGCCUUGAGAUGCAGCUCAAAAUGCCUACCAACCCCAAAGAUCUGUUCAAAAUUGACUACACCCCCAAGUCUGUCUUUUCUAGUUCAAAAGAAGGCCCGGGGAUGGUUGUGCCGGACCUGAAGUCCGCAGCAGAGGACGCCAUCACCAAAGUUGACUUCAAUACAGUGACCACCACGCUGCAAAAUUCUCUCAAGAGCUCUGCUCGCUUUGUACUGCCUGGUGGUCGGGUUUUCCAUUACAAGGAUCCCAUUUUCAAUGACAAUGGCGACCUGUUGGUGGAGGGAUUUUACAAGAACUGA